AUGGCACGCGCAGGACCAAGCAGAACACAGAGGUCACAAAGGGCCACACAGCCCUCCCAGUCUCAGUCGCAACGUCCUGCUCGAGGUAGCAGAAGAGCGCCUGUUGAAGAGGACGAGGACGAAGAUGCGGAAGAUGAUGAUGAUCAAGACAUGGACAUCAACGGAAGCCAAGCAAGGCUCAAUGAUGCAGACGCAGAACUUGACAGAAAAGCGAGUGAUCUCGUAAGAUUCGCUCUUUUUAUGGAACAGAGGCGGACUCUUAUACGCCGAGAGGAUAUUAACAAGAAGGUGCUGGCCUCUAACUCGCGUUCAUUCAAUUCUGUGUUUGAAAGAGCGCAGAAGCUCCUAAAGAAAACUUUUGCGAUGGAACUCGUAGAACUUCAGUCUCGAAACUAUCGGGAGCAAGAUAAUGUCGUAGCUGGUGACGACCUUCAAGAGGCACGCAAUGCUACCGGAGUAAAAAAGAAAAGUAAGUUGCAGCCAUCUGCGGCUGCAGGAUCAAAGACAUAUAUUCUCCGUUCUGUUCUUGAUCCUGUCAUUAUAGAGGAGGCAGCACGGACGGAUGAACGGCUGUAUGAAGAACAGAUUGCUGACAGUCAAGAAAAUGGCGAUGACGACGACGACAUGCCAAGAAGCUACGGAUGCAUAAUCUCUUGGAGCACUACAGAUCAGGUCGGCGCCUUGGGUGUCUUGCAUGUCAUUCUAGCAAUAAUUCUCGCCAGCGGACGAUCCAUGACCGACUUGGAUUUACGUGCCCACUUGAAACGCCUCGGCCUCGCAUCGAACGAGUCUAUAUCCAUGAACACCCAGUCUACGCACAAGUCUCUUCCUAUAGACACAUAUCUUGGGCAGCUGAUGAAGCAAGGAUACCUAGACCGUAUCAAGCUGGGCGACACGAAAGCGGCUGGCGGCAAACGGAGUCGCGCUCCUGCAGCGACUCAAACCAAUCCAGAUGAAACUCAAGCAUUUGAAUGGCAUUGGGGCCAUCGCUCAUAUAGCGAGAUCGGAGAACAGGCUAUUGCUACAUUCAUCGCUGAAUUUAUGGUGGAACGCAGUCGUGAUGAUGAUGCCGAGGAUGAUGAUGAGGAUGGUAAAACUGCGCGGAGCAGGGGAAAGGGAAGAGCCAGGGCUGAGGAUGGUGGUAGAGACAAGAAGCUGAAGAACGUGUACGGUGCAAUUGAAAGGGCAGCCGGGGGUAACUUGUCGGAUGUUAAAUGA